UUCGCAAUCGCACCGAAUGUUGUAUUUCUACUUUCGUAAUAUAAUUUAUUUGUAUUUGCUUGAAAUAAAUUAAAAAUGUUUUUGUUAUCGUAUUUUAAAUCAUUUUCUUAAGUUUGGUUCUUUUCAAGUCCAUCGCAACGAGUUGCGAUGGACGGACCAGACGAAGGCGUUUUAGAUGUGGAUUUAUUAGCUGACGAUGGGUCUGACGACGAAUGUGAAGCCCCGCCGUCUUCAGACUUCUAUGCAGGCCCUGCUUCAACACCAACAUCAUGUGCAUCAUCACCUCGCGGUGAGGAGCCGGCCUCUCCCCUUGCCGUGGUAUCACAGCCAGCAUUCUUCCACCAUCAAACAUACACUCGCCCAUUCUUUACAUCAGGCAGAAGGGGACCUGGAAGACCUCGUAAAGAAGGAGCCAAGUUAGCACGUGAAGGAAAGAUAGUGAGACGCUACAGAGGAAAUCCAGGUUCGGUAAGAGGAGCUAAAAGACACAGAAGCAGCCGUGAUGAAGCUCUUGAUGACAUGUUGGAUGAAGAUGAUUUUACCAUGCCUGCUCCCGAGGAACCACCAUACACUCCAGAAAAAUGGCCUGGCAAAGUUUGUGCCUUAUGCAAUCUAAGUGAGCGCAGUCAACUUGGACAAGGAGAAAUGAGGCAGACAGCUUGUAAUAUAGAAGGAGAAGGUAGUUCUACACCAAGCAUAAGUAAUUCUGGAAAUGCCACACCCACGAGUAUAACAACUCCCAACACACCUACUCUUCCUUUACCUGCUGGAUUGGCCUCACCACCACCUGAGAUGCUUGAUAUUAAUCAGCAGCAACAAGUUCUUCCUCUAAGCAGACGUCAAAAAGCAUUUAACAAGUGCAAAACCCCACUUUACAACAUGGAGCAUACUGACGAACUCUCAAUUAUUGGAUUUUCUGAGACACUAGAGUUACCUGCAGUAGUAUCCUCAGGAAUGUUUUAUGUCCAUCGUUGUUGUCUUGAAUUCAGCCCUCCAUUUCAAGAUCAAGUUGCUGCUGCAUGUACAUCUGAUGAGGAUAAAGACCAAUUAGAAGAAGCUAGGAUUAGAGGAAUCGUUACUACAGCUCUUACUAGAAAAUGUUCCUUCUGUCAGAGAUAUGGGGCCAGCAUACCAUGCAAGAUGAGUUGUAGUAAAUAUUUUCAUCUGCCUUGUGUUCUCGCAUCUGGAGGCUUUAUGGAUUUUCAAACAAAGUCUUCUUUUUGUAAGGAUCAUUUGUACCAAGCACCUCUUGUAUGCACUGCAGAUAUUGAUUGCAGAACUUGUCGAACAAUUGGCGACAUGUCCAAUCUUAUGACAUGUGUUACUUGCGGAGCGCAUUAUCAUGGCACCUGUGUAGGACUCAAGCAAUUGCCUGGUGUACGUGCGGGCUGGUCGUGCCGCGGGUGCCGCGUGUGCCAGGUGUGCCGCGGCGAGGGAGGCGCGGGCGUGGGUGCGGGCGAGGCGCGGGCCGUGGCGUGCGAGCACUGCGACAAGCUGUACCACGCCAUGUGCCUGCGCCCCGUCAUGGCCACGGUGCCCAAGUACGGCUGGAAGUGCAAGUGUUGCCGCGUGUGCUCCGACUGCGGCGCGCGCUCGCCCGGCGCCGGCCCGUCGUCUCGCUGGCACGCGCACUACACGGUGUGCGACUCGUGCUACCAGCAGCGCAACAAGGGCUCCUGCUGUCCGCUGUGUCGCCGUGCCUACCGCGCCGCCGCCUACCGCGAUAUGAUCCGCUGCUCCACGUGUCGCAGAUAUGUCCACGGAAUGUGUGAUCCGGAAGCGGACCCACAGCAGUAUAGGCAGAAAAAAGAACAGAACCCUGGAUAUGAAUAUAGUUGUCCUAUAUGUAAAUCGAAUAUGUUGGCAGGCUCUAAGUCUGGUUCAUUCGAAGAAGACAACAUGGCAUCAACAUCACAAGACUCCUCUUUCGGCGAUGAUAAUUCGCAAGACCAGGAUCCACUUGCCAUUGAACCAAAGGCAGAUGUAGGUCUCGGAAAAGGCAAACCUUACACAGUGUCUUCGAAAGUAGCGAAAAAAAAGAUUGGUGGUUAUAAACUUAAGGGUGGGUUUCCUCCCGCUGGCAAAUUGGGUUUCCAAAAGCGUCAAAGGUCUGUUUUGGACUUUGGUCGAAAACGAGGAUCUAAACCUAAGAUGCGAGGAGUGUUCGGUGUUCCUGGACUAGGCUUACAAAGGCCACAAGCUCCUGACAAUAAAACAUCUGAAGAUGACCCAGGAGUGGAAAACAAAUUAGUCUUGUGUUCAAGUAAAGAUAAAUUUGUACUGACUCAAGACUUGUGCGUCAUGUGCGGGGCUAUCGGUACAGACUCGGAAGGAUGCCUCAUAGCGUGCUCCCAGUGCGGGCAAACGUAUCAUCCCUACUGUGUCAACAUUAAGGUGUCGCAAGUGAUCGUCAGUCUCGGCUGGCGCUGCCUCGACUGCACGGUGUGCGAGGGCUGCGGGUCGCGCGGUGACGAGCCGCUGCUGGUGCUGUGCGACGACUGCGACACGGCCUGGCACACGUACUGCGCCCGCCCCGCGCUGCCCGAGGUGCCGCGCGGCGCCUGGCGCUGUGGGCGCUGUCGCCGCUGCCUCGUGUGCGGCACGCGCGACACGCCGCUCUGGUGCGACAACUACACAGAGUGCUCGCCGUGCGCGUCGCUGGUGAUGUGUUGCGUGUGCUCCGAGCCCUACUCCGAUGGCGAACUCAUCAUCCAGUGUACCGCGUGCUCGCGGUGGCUGCACGCCGCCUGCGACUCCAUCCGCGGCGAGGCCGACGCCGAAACCUGCUGUCGCGCCGGGUACAAGUGCGUGCUGUGCCGCGGGCGCGAGGUGCCGCCGCCGCACGUGGCGCGCGCGGCGCUGCCGGCGGCGGGCGGCGCGGGCGCGGCGGGCGCGGACGGCGAGGAGCGCGCGGCGGCUCGGCCGCGCCUCACGCCGCUGGCGCUGGGGCUGGCGGGCGAGUACUACGUGGACGACGUGUGCCUGUCGCAGCGCGGCGCCCACCACAUGAAGCAGCUGGAGGCGGAGAUGGGUAUCACGCACACACGCCGCAAGAGGAGGUUCAAGAACGAGAACACCGAGAAGGACGCCGAAAUAAUGGCAUCUAUUGAAACAGUGGUUCAGAAUGCAGAAGGAGAGAUGGGAGACGACACCAAGCCUGACAGCACUGCUGAAGUUAAAGAGGAACCUGGCUUGAUAUCCAACACUAGUCUUAAAGAAGGCAUUUUAUGGAAUGUUGCAAAUGAUGGACCAGUACCUGAAGGCUUCACUAUUUAUACAACGGAUUCAGGCCUCACUGUACUGCGGAGGAAACGACAGAGAAAUUUGAACAAGCUCGGCAUUGGAGGUUUCGUUGUGCGACAAAGACACACGAACGCCAAAGCCCAAGCGGAUGAUGACAAAGAAGGAGACGGAACACAAGGCUCUGGAGAAUCGCCAAGUAAUAAACGUAAACCACGUCGCAAACCGCGUUCAAAACUGAUGGAGCAAUUUCCCUCUUACAUGCAAGAAGCGUUUUUCGGCAAGGAUCUUCUUGAGCCGACCAAACCCGCCGUCAGUUCUACAGUGUCGCUGGGCGAGGGCGAGGCGGCGCGCGCCACGCCCGACGCGUACCGCGACGCGCGCGAGCUGGACAACUCCGACAGUGACGCCGACGACGUGCUGGCCGCGCUCUGCGCCUUCAACGACCACGACUGCAGCGUCUUCAUCACGCUUAACUCGGAGGAGUCGGACCUCCUUCGGAGUCUGAAACCGAAGGAGGAGAAGGAGGACGGACUGAGCGCGUCGAGUUCGGAUUGCGUGAAGAUUAAAACGGAGGCCUCCGAGGAGGGGCAGUUGAAACACACGGAGGACUCCACAGCUCUCAAAAAUGCUAUUUUGGGUCCGCAGUCGAACGAGCCUGAGCAGGCUCCUCCGGAAACCCCGACGCACGUUCCCAAGACUGAAACUAUUAGUACCGACACGGGCGGCUCGUCGCAGUCGUCGACCAUCUCCCCAAAGGACGAGCUGUCUCUGCUGGGCGUGAACCUGGACGCGAUGGUGCGCGACUCGCUGCCCGACAUGGACAGCAACGACGUCGAUGAGAUAUUCAAGGGCGUGCUCACCGACGACUCGCAGGAAUCGCAAGAAUCAUCGGUAUCAUAUGUGAAUUCUAUGGCGGGCACCCCAUACUCGCAACAGCGACAGCAGCUACAAAGUCCUAUGGAGUACACCUCGCCAUAUCAUACUGAAUUCGGAAGCAACAGCUCGCUGAGCCCGCUGUACGGCGACGGCGCGGCGGGCGCGUGGGCCGAGCAGCCCGCGCCGCCGCCCUCCUACAACCAGCGCAGCGCCGACAAGAUGCGCGCCGACGAGAGUCUCGGCUCCGCGGCGACCAUCUCCGCCGUGCUGUACGCCAACACCAACCACCCCGAGUGGAAGACCGAGUUCCCGAACUGGGUGGAUCGUUGCAAGCAAAUUCUUAAGAAGUGGCGCGCCCUGCCUUCCGAGCAGAAGGCGCCGUACUUGCAGCGCGCCAGAGACAACCGUAGCGCCAUCCGCAUGAAGAAGGCGCAGCAGAGCUCGAGCGGCGCAGCGGAAGCGGAGGGCGGGCGCUCCCCCGCGGGGGCGCCGCCGCCGGCCGCGCCCAGUACGCCCAGCGCGUCGCCCGUCGCGCACGCCGCACCCGCCGCCGGCGCAUCCGCCCCCGCCCCCGCCGCCAGUGUGGCCGCGCCCGUCGCGGCGAGCGGCGCACCGAGCGGCACGGAGCAGGAGCGCGCGUGCAGCCAGCAGCGCAGCGCGCGCGAGGCCGAACAGGAGCGCCAGUGGAAGCAGCUGCAGCAGAUGCGCCAGCAGCAGACGCAGCAGCAGCAGCAGAUCAUACACGACCAGAGGAUACAAGCGUGUACUGUUGAAGCAGCGAUGCAGCGCCUGCGCGGCGCGGAGGGCUCCCCGCCGCCCGCGCCCGCCCCCGCACCCGACGCGCCGCGCGCCGCCUUCCCCGCGCAGCGCUUCCCGCUGUACGCCACCAGCGACGACAUCAACCGCCAGCUGCGCGACCUGCUGCAGCGACACCCCGACAAGAUGUGGCCGCCGCAGUCGUCGGGCGAGGAGGGCGCGGAGGGCGGCGCGUUCCGCUCGCCGCUGCCGGUGGCGGUGCGCGCGCGUGCGCCGGCCGGCCCGCCCGCGCCGCUGCAGCACCGCACGGAUCACGUGAUCAUUCAACAUCGACUCGUGGCCGCCGAAAAUUCUCAGAUACAACAGAUCAUUGGAACCUCGAACGCCACACAAAUAAUGGAGCAAAAACAAAUGGCUGCAUCACAUGGAAACGUAUCGAAUAUGGAUAAGCAAGAGACCGGUGCCGAUCAAGGAACUGACGAAAUGGACAUCGGGGACAUGGAUAAACUCGAGCAAGAUACGGGAAAUAUAGGGGAGGUGGACAUCCUGACGGGGCUGGGUGGCGAGGACGACGAGGAGCUGCUGGAGUCGCUUACGGCGGAGAUCGGCGAGCAGUUCAACAUCCUGGAGUACGCCGACCCCGAGCUGGCGGCGCUGGGCGACGAGCACCUGCUGGACGGGCUGGACCUGGCCGACGACGUGCCCGAGCGCCUCGAGCGCCACGCCAAGCGCACGCCCGAAGAUGAAUCCGAUCACAAGACCGACAACAAGAUGGACAGUGAGUUGCAGAAGGCGGUGAAAAAUAUAGAAUCCACGAAUUCGGAGAAUAAACCGGAAUUGACUAAAGUGAAAUCCGAGUCUCAAGAUACGAAACCCGAAGCGCCGGUGACGAGCGUCGGACAGAUGUUCCAGGACGGAAUUCAGAGGGUUAUCUCGCAGAAUCAUCAGAUGUCUUUACAAUCAGCUAUGCAGUCCGUGAAAGCGGAGGUGAAGGCGGAAGGCGAUGAGGUCAAGACGGAAAAUGACUGGCCGCGUCCAGUUUUCUCCAACAUGUUCGGUUUACAACUUCAACAACAGCAACAAGCCCAAGCAGUUCGGCCGAGCCCGCAGAACGCGCAGGUCGUGCAACGGCCGCAGUUCCUCGGACAACACGUGCAGUUCGCACAGGGCGGCGCGCAGAGCAUCGUGAGCGCCAUGACGGCGCAGGUGGCGGCGGCGCUGGCGGCGGGCCGCGCCAUCGCGCCCGGCACGCGCCUGCUGGGCGCCGACGGCGCCGUGGGCGUCGUGCGCCACGACCGCUCCGUGGCGCUCACCGCGCUGCCGCACUCGGCUCGCAACAUGGUAGCGGGUGCAGCGGGCGCUCGGCAACUUGCGCCGCCCGCGAUGCGACCCGAGUCGUCCCUCGCGGUCUCCUCUCUCUCCGCGGGCGCGGCGGGCGCGGCGGGCUCGUCCGCGGUGCGCAGCGCGCCGCCGCCCUACCCCGGCCUGCGCGCGCCGCCGCCGCCGCCCUACCCGCAGCUGCAGGCGCCAUUUGACGCGGACGCGUGGGGCGACUGGCUGCACCGCCGCCCGCUGCUGCUGCAGAACGUAAACCAGGAGCAACCGUUGCUUCUGGAGGAGCUGUUGGAGCAAGAGAAGCGCGAGCAGGAGCGUGAGGGUGGCGAGUGGGGCGGCGCGGGCGGCGCGGGGGGCUCGGCGGCGGGCGGGGCCGGGCCGCCCGCGCCGCCCCCCGCGCCGCCGCCGUCGGUGCCGCUGUUCUCGGCCGCGCCGCCGCCCGCGCCGCCGCCGCCGCCCGAGCGCGCCGUCACUGAGGCCGACCACCACGCGCGCCUCCUGUACGAGCAGUGGCUCAAGCAGUACAACACGUUCGCGGCCGACCAACUACGGUACUACGAGCAGGAGGUGCAGAAACUCCGCAAGAUCCGCAAGUCGCUGAAUAGUAAGCAGCGUCAAUUGAGAAAAUCCGGUAAUGAAUUGAUGCCGAACGAUGCCGCCGAAUUACAAAGAAUUUCGACGGAGCAACAGGCGCUCCAGAAACACUUAGAAGCGGCUAGAAAACAGGCUAGACAGCAUAGUAUGCUUAUACAGGAAUAUGAAACAAAGCAACGUCAACAAAACCCUCAACUAGCCCAGCAGACAGUGAUAAAUCAACAACAGUUGUCUAAUCAGACUGUAUUUGCACAGAAUCAAAAUAUGAAUCAAACCCAACAACUGCAACAACAGACUAUUAAUAGACCUAUGCAAAUAGGCCUUCAGGGAUCGACAAUACAACAACAGACAUUAAUUCGAACUCAGCAAACGAUUCUGGGAUCCGACGGACAACCAUUAUCUCAACAAAGAAUAGGCUUGGUAACCUCUCCACUCAGCUCUCAAAGCAGGAUCCUACAAGGCGGACGUACAUUGGUCAUAGAGCAGGCUGGAGCGCCGCAGCAACAAUUAGUCCGCCAGUUGUCAGGCGUUCAGGAUAGGCCGCAAUCUGUCGGUGGGAUAGUACAGUUCGGUCAGCAACAGCUGUCUGGCGUGAGAAGUUCAAUGCCGUCGGGAGGUCAGACUCCUCGCCCAGGGGGAACGCGACCAGCUAUGUCUCCGCUACAUGUACAAUCUCCCCAUUCUCAAUCUCCCCAUCAUUCGAUUGCUCCUCAGUCACCGCUACACCCUAUGCAGAGUCCGAUGCAAUCGCCUUUGCAUUCGCAGCAGUCUCCGUUACAUCAUACUUCGCAAUCUCCCUUACAUCCGUCCACUCAAUCUCCACAUCAUACUCAACAAUCGCCAAUGCAUUCUCAGCAGUCACCGAUGCAUGUUCAACAAACGUCUAGUAUGGCCCAACAGAGCCCGAUGCAUCCACAACAAAGUCCAAUGCAUCCGCAACAGUCGCCUAUACAUCAACAGUCACCGAUGCAUCAACAGAAUCAAAUGUCAACGCAACAUUCGCCCAUGCAUCCACAGCAAAGUCCAAUGCAUCCGCAACAGAGUCCGAUGCAUCCACAACAGAGUCCAAUGCAUCCUCAACAAAGUCCGAUGCAUCCGCAACAGAGUCCGAUGCAUCCUCAACAAAGUCCAAUGCACUCGCAGCAAUCUCCGAUGCAUUUACAACAGUCUCCGAUGCACACACAACAAUCACCAAUGCAGUCAUCAAUGUCGCCGCAACAUUUCUUACAGCAGUUGCAAGCUCAAAGAACGAGUCCGCAAUUGCCUACACCGAGUCGAAGCCCGCAGAUAUAUCAACAGUCUCAGAUACAAAGUCCGGUUGCAUCUCAUUCACCGCAAUUACAAAAUAACGAUUAUAAUACGGGGAGAUUCCCACGACCAGCGCCUGGAUGUUCGCCUCUACCUACACGUUUUGCUCGACCACCGCAUCAUCAACAAGGUAUGAGAGUUGGCGUACCUUAUGUUAGCCGGCAACAGACCUCACCACUUGGUAGCCCACAGCCUCUUCCUUCACCUGGAAACACAAAUAACGAAAUGACUCGCCAACAAAUACUUCAAAGACAACAAUACAGCCCCAUGGGAGGAGCGCCAUCCUCACCCUCAUUAUCCCGAUCACCUCACGUAGCACGAACUCCCACUCCGUCGGCGUCACCGGCAGCGUCACCUGCUCCGCACCAUGACCACGGUGGAGGCGCACAUCAUCACCACAUGGCACCAAUACCUCCCGGAUAUAGAUAUUUUAAACCCGGUCUAUUUGGAGGUGGUCCAGUAUGGCCUAACAAAGAAGACGAUCGUCGACGGACAACACAUAUUAAUAAAGUAUCAAUAUUGAAGCGCAGAACGCCUCCUCGUCCGAGGUUUACAGGAAAAACAGCUGCUCCAUGUUCAGAAAAUAGGUCCGAUAUCGGAGAGUCGAGUGAACCCAGAAAGUAUGUUUUAUACUCUUCUGAUAGUGUUGAAUAUGCGAGCACAUCCGACGAUUCUGCUAGAAUGAGUUUCGCUAAAGAUGAUGACGAUGAAGAUAUACAACAGUUUGUAGAUCAUUUAGAUGAUGAUGAUAUUGUCGUCGUAGAACCUGGAGCAAUAUCUCCAGAAGAACGCAUUGCGACUGAAGAGGAUUUCGAAGAGUUAAUUGAUAGUGGUAAACCAGAAGAUGAGGUUGAAGAUGAAUUGCCUCAGGAUAAACUCACAAGAACAGAAACUACAACAAAAACAGUUGCAGUUAUUAGUUUAGCUCCUGCGAAACAACCUUCAAGUAAUGUGCAACAGUAUAAAAUAGUAAAUCCAUCGCAAAGUUCGACACUUUCCCGAUUGCCAGUCUUGAGCGCUGCAGUGCUCUCCCCGCAUACUAAUACAAAGAUUCUUAAUGAAGUGUCCCAGGCAACAGUUGCUUCUGUUUCUAUUGCUAAUCAAACAAUUUCAGUACCAGUAUUAAAAAGUCUAUCGGUCCCCAUUGCAAAUGUCACUGGACAUGCUGGUGGCAUGUCAAAGCCCCAAAUUAAGAAAGUUCCUCUUAAUUUAAGUAACUCGCCAUUGACAUUGAAUAUGUCAUCCCAAUCGCUAUCAAAACCAAUCAGUUCUGUAAUAAGUGUAAUAUCGUCGAAUGUUGCAAAAAGUGCUAGUAUGAAUCCAGUUAUAACUCUAGCAACUUCUAAUACAGUUUCCGGGGCAUCGAGAGUUCCUGUCUCAAUUUUGACGCAGCAUCAAGUCAAGCAAAAAAUUGUUAAGACUAUCGAAAAACCCAUGGCAUUAUCUUUAUCAAAUACUAAGUUGUCGAGUUUAUCAGUAACUCACGACGCUACAUUACCUGCCAAAAUAUUUCAAGACGAAGCUGCUUCUCCGGACAGCACUGUAACAUCUGAAAAUAAUUCUGAUAUCCAAAACCCUUCUGGAUCUCAACAUUUACUUUCAAUUUCGUCACAAGAGCAAAAAGAACAAAAGCCCUCUACUCUCAAAGACAGUAGAGAUAUCGAUAUUGAAAACGAGAUAAGUCAACAAACUGAAUUACCUCAUACAUUAUGUUUGUCCGAUAGAACGCCACUUUUAUUAGGUAAGGCUGACAUAAAAAGUCCGGAUCCCAUACCCGAAAAAAUCCCUGAUAAUAUAAUGGAAGGUGACGAUGAGGAUAAGCCUGAAGAUAACUUGCAGAGCCAUUUAUUAAUGUCAUAUAAUAAAUCAAUACAAGAACAAGCUAUAUCAAAUCCUGCUGCAUCUGAAAGUAACUCUGAUGAAAAUGUAGUAAAAACAAUAAAGGCGAUUGCAAACCAAACUAAAGAAAUGGUGAUAGACUCAAAUAUGCAAAUUACAUCAGAUUUGACACAAGAUUCUGUACAAAUUUCUAUACCGUCACCUACGCCAUCACAAGAGCGAUACCUUAAUGACAUAACUAUGCGUGAACAUUCAGAAACUGUUGAAGGUAAUCCUAAACAUGUAGAAUCUUUCGAAGAUAUGUUAUGUAUGCUUGAGAACAUUACUGACGAUACUAAAACUUAUGGUAUGAAACAAACAACUAAAAAUAAUCUCCCUACUUCACAAAACUCCAGUGUAAGUGCAAAUAAUGUUCCGAAAUCAGAAAACAAAGAUACACAAGAUCAACCGAUAUUUCCCGCUAGGGAAGCUGAGAGGCUCGCUUUGCAGUCGGCAACAGUACCACAGUUGUCGCCAUUGUCACAACCAGCAGAAUUAACGUCCAACAUGGCGAAUGUUUCACAACAACUCCGUACUAUAAUGUCUUCCUUAAAUACUAAUCCAUCUAAGGUAGAGUCUCAAACAAUAAUCAGAAGAAACAGCGACUCAACAACCCCAACCCAAGUAAACUUUGAAAACUUGCUACCCUCUUCAAAAGUAGAAAUAGCAACAUCGCGACCAUCUCCCGUUCAAAGAAUAGAAAAACCUCAAGUUUCUAUUGCGUGCUCAGAAACCGUUGCAAUGAGUGCAGCACAAGUAAUCGGCUCACGUGUUAACACACUUUCUACAAUGGGUCAGAUGAGAAAAUCACCGACAGUAUCACCAAUUAACUCUCCUGUCGGUAUACAGAACCCUCUUAUGAAAUCUCCUGCUCAGUCGCCUUUAAUUAGUCAUCAAACCUUCAAUCUAAGUGAAGAACCUCAGUGCUCGACUUCUAUGUCGUCACAAAUAUUACAAAUGCCAGCUUUGUCCAAAAUACAUAGUAAUUCUUCAACACCGACUUCUAUGAUGCAUCCGAAUAAUAUAACUACGACGAGUAUAAGUGGUUAUCAAAAGUCACAAUCUUUGCCUACUAGUAUACUAGGGCAUACCUUACUGCAACCUACAAGGCAAAUUAAUACAAGCAAUUUACAAUUUAAUCCGCAAAAUAUCAGUUCAAGUCAACCACCAGCUUUGGUUAUGACUUCGAGGACCAUUGGUGGGCAUAAAGAACCGGCUCCUAAUGUCACGGUGCGUACACAUAGCAUUGUGAGCCCUAAUAUAGGUCAAAUGCAAACAAAACCAAAUCAAGGUUCAAUAAACUUCAUCACUUCAUCAAAACUGUUACACACUCAAUUAACUUCUCCUUUAAAACGGUCAAAAUCAACUGACGAACCAAAAAGUGAGAUUAUUGUUGGGCAUAUCCAGCCAACAAAAAGGCAUAGUGUCGAAUCAGUUAUAGUAAAGUCUGAACCCAUGGAAACUGACGAAACGAAUAAUUCAAUGGCAACUGUAACUGAUAAUGCGGGGACAAAAAUCAAUCAUCAAAAUGCACAAAACCAGAGAAAUCACGAUGAGUCACAAAAUGUUUUAUUAAAACAACUUUUGCAAACAACAACAACCUCAUCAAAUGUAGUUCCUCAAAGGACCAUGACAAUUCAAAGAACUGCUCCAGCGCUAGGGACUAUACCAUCAUUGGAAGCGCAGUUAGCGAGACCAUCAAUACCGCCACCCACCUUAGGCUUAUCUCAAGAAGUAGAAAUACCCAAAAACUCGCCACGGCAUAUAACAUCAGCUAAUUCACCUUUUACAAAUCGCCCUAUGCAAACUUCUAUACCUACAUCAUCAAUUUCACCUUUGAUACAAAAUUCAACGCAAUCUUUAAUGGAUGUAAGAAAACCACCGAUGAAAUUAAUAAAUAAAGAAGAGACUACACCAGUACCAGAAUGUUCGCCUACAAUUAAAACGUUACCAAUGUAUCCUUUAACAAUAGAAAACCAGCAAUUGCAACAAACUAUUAAGAAAGAAGUAGCUCCACCUCAACAGAGUCCGGUACACCGUCCUUUUACACCACUAGAUGUAAAAAAGGAACUCUUAGAUGAAAGUUCUCAACAGUCGGCUACAUCUGGUGUCUCAACAGCAUCAGACCAAGGAAAGUUAGAUCAACCGAUGAAAGAGGAAUUCCCUGAAAGUGUUAAUAUGGAAACCUCCUCUGAUAUAAAUCCUUCGGAAACACCAUCAGAAGCUAAGAAGCGAAAACGGCGGGAAUAUCAACAAAAGAAACGGAAACAAAUACAAAUGAAUAUGAAAGCCGCUGCUGAAAAUAGUAUGAAUGCAGUAAAUGCUAAAAAGCGACCACGAAAAGGCUCUAGAUACGAGGAAGACUAUGAUACAUUUAUAGACAACUUAAUGGGUCAGCUGAGACUACUGCCGCCUAUGCAGAUACAAGAACCUGCUUUAACUACUAAUUUUGCAGUGUGUCCACUUUUCGGUUCAGGUGAUCUCACGAAACUUAAAAAUAAAGAUUAUGACAUUUUAAAAGGUGAUUUAUUAGGUGAGUUUGGUAACGCGAAAAUUCCCAAUGUGGCAGAUUAUUACAAUACCAAACCAUUUGGCGAUGAAGAACCGCUACCCGAGAAGCCGACGGCAUCGACCCAGCGAGGCUUUUACGACCAAGAAUUUCAACCUAUUAUAUUCGACGAAGAUCCGGAGGAUAAAAAACUUGAUUUUAUUUGCAAAGAGCGAGAUACUGAUACUCCUGAUACUAUUGUUAGCUGUUCUAGCCCAGAGGGCUACGAAAUCGAUCCGGAUGAUAGAUUCCCGUAUCUUAAACCUAUCGAUGAUGAUGACGAUGAAGAGGAUGAAGAGAUAUCUCACUCGGGUAAAGUCUCACCUGUAAUAGCGCUCAUUGCACCGAUACCGAUAAGGGUUAAACCCUUAUCGCUUUAUCAACUCAAGGAUGAAGAAGAUAAUCAAAAAUGUUUGGAUACCGAAACUCCACUUAAGACGAAAAUGGAAGAUUCUCCUGGUAGUACAGAAAGCAAUGAAAAUGUUACUGUUACUCUUACUCUUACAUCUGGCGCCGCCGAGGAUAUACUUGGUGUAUUAAAAGAGCUUGCAGGUAUUUUACAUAUACCACCACCUACUUCAUAUCAAAUCAUAGAACGCACAGCCACACCUCCAUCACAUAAACUGGGAUUGUAUAGAUCCAAGGGUAAAGAUGGUAAAGAGGGGACUCCAAUUGAUAUUCAAAGCAUUCUAAAUGGUGCAGCCAAAUUUUGUCGACAUUGUGACGUAGUUAUUCUAGAUUCCGUUGUAAGAGCUAAAGCUUCAGAAUUUCCCCUUCUAUCUGCUAAUAAAGGUAAUGCUGAGGAAAUUUUGUGCGAUAGUGAUUCUGAGCUAUAUUUCUGUAGUACACAAUGCUACGAGCGAUUUGCUUGGCGUCCAACGAAUAUCAUCUUAGACGGUAAAUCAAAGCCAACGGUUAAAGAAGACAGCAAGUCAGAUAUUGAAACGAAUCUAUCAAAAGACCGAGAUGACUUUGACACUGCGUCCACGGAAAGUAUGGAAACAGACGAUCUAGACAUGAAACCUGAUAUUAAGGAUGAGAAAAUGGACCUGUCUUUUAUCGAUUCUUUAGAUAACGAUGAGAUAAUGAAAGAAGUAGGUGACGACGUCAGUGCCCUCGACGAAGACUUGAAAAGUAUGGAGCAAGAUGACAAGAGCAAUCAGAGCGUAGAAAAGGAAAAAUAUAGGGGCAUUCGUUACAAAUCAUGGUCCCCGGGUUGCAUCGGACCCCCAAUAAAAUAUAAACGGCCAACGGACCGAGAGCUCACUGAACUCGUUUUUCGUACUGGCGUCGCUAUAAUGCCUGUCACUAAUGAGGACACGCGUAAAUGUGAACUUUGUGGCAUUCAAGGAGAUGGUGUCGCAGAUGGCGUGUCGAGAUUACUGAAUUGUGACGUCGAUAGGUGGGUGCAUCUCAAUUGUGCUCUUUGGUCGGAAGGCGUGUACGAAACAGUAAGCGGUGCUCUAAUGAACGUCGACACAGCCUUGGUGGCCGGCUCGAACGCGACUUGCGCUGUUUGUCGAAGACUCGGAGCUACCGUCAGAUGUUUCAAAGUGCGAUGCGGCAGUGUCUAUCAUCUUGGAUGUGCCGUGAAGGACAACUGCGUUUUUUACAAAAAUAAGACUGCCUUCUGCGCUUCACAUGCACCAAAGAACGAGAAAGACAACGAGCUGACCACCCUUAGCGUGGGACGGCGCGUAUUCGUGUGUCGUGACGAGCAGCGGCAGGUGGCGUCCGUGAUGCUGCACUCCGACACCAACCACCUCAUCCGCGUGGGCGGCCUCAUCUUCCUGAGCCCCGGACACCUGCUGCCACACCAGCUGGCCGCCUUCCACACGCCCAACUACAUAUACCCAAUCGGAUACAAAAUCGUGCGUUUCUACUGGUCCAUGCGGCGCGCCAAUAGCCGCUGCCGCUAUGUGUGCUGGAUCUCCGAGGAGGAGGGCCGGCCGCGCUUCCACGUGCGCGCGCAGGACGAGCGCCAGGAGAUGAGCGCGCCCACGCCGCGCGCCGCCUGGGCCGCCGUACUAGACGCUGUUGCCGCCCUGAGAGAAGGCAGAGGCGAGGAGGGCGUCCUAAAACUGUGGCCCAACUACGUCACCGGAGAGGACCUUUUCGGGCUAACCGAACCGGCCGUCGUUCGUGUUCUCGAAAGUUUGCCGGGCAUCGAAACGCUGACCGACUACCGCUUCAAGUUCGGGCGUUCGGCGCUGCUGGAGGGCGGGCUGGCCGUGAACCCGUCGGGCUGCGCGCGCUGCGAGGCGCGGUGCGCGCGCGUGUGGCGCCGGCCCGCGCGCUCGCUGCUGCCCGCGCCGCCCGCGCCGCCCGCGCUCGAGCACGCCGCGCACCCCGCCUGCCCCUACUCCAAGCAGUUCGUGCACACCAAGAGCAGCCAGUACAAGAAGAUGAAGCUAGAGUGGCGCAACAACGUCUACCUCGCCCGAUCCAAAAUUCAGGGAUUGGGUUUGUACGCUGCACGUGACUUGGAAAAACACACGAUGGUCAUAGAAUAUAUCGGCGAAAUUAUUCGUUCCGAACUAUCUGAAAUACGUGAGAAACAAUACGAAGCUAAGAACCGCGGCAUCUACAUGUUCCGUCUGGAUGAGCGACGCGUGGUGGACGCGACCCUGAGCGGCGGGCUGGCGCGCUACAUCAACCACUCGUGCCAGCCCAACUGCGUGGCCGAGACCGUGGAGGUGGACCGCCACGUGCGCAUCAUCAUCUUCGCCAAGCGACGCAUCGCGCGCGGGGAGGAGCUGGCAUACGAUUACAAGUUCGACAUAGAAGACGACGCGCACAAGAUCAUGUGUAUGUGCGGAGCGCCCAACUGCCGCAAGUGGAUGAAUUGAAUCCUCGGGAGACGGGGAGCGUCUUUUUGCGGGGAUAGAUUCAAUUAAAAGGCUAUGAUUGUAAUAGUUGUAGGUACCAAAGUGAUUUUACAAUUCUAGCAAAAGGAUAUUUUUAAAGUAACGGAUUCCUCUUUUUAAGCUGAUGUGUGAUCUUAACUAUAAAUAAGACAAUACCGACAGAAUUUUACAGAUAACGUUCGUUUUACGGUAGUUUUGUAUUUCGGCCGUCGAAUAUUGAAACGUGCGGAAGGCUUUGUACAUAGUAUAUUGAUUGAUAUAAAAUCAUUGUUGUUAUUGAAUUUUAAUGUUUUAGAUAUGAAUGUUCCGGAAGUAUACGUAGGCUUAGGUUUAAUUUAAUUUCGACAUAUUCUAUGAAUGUUCUUUAUAGCUGCUUUAUUUCUUUGACAUAUUAUUAUCUCUUCAUUUGUUAAUCGCUAAAGUUUAUUUAAUCGUUGGUAUCAAUUUUUAUAUUUUCACAAUUAAUUAUGUAAUAUUGUAUAUGUUUUUGUAAAUGGUGUAUUGUGUUUCAUCAUAGAUUUCGCACUGAUAUCGAUGUUUUCACUAUAUUGUCAAAUUAAUAAUUUAUAAAAAAUAUAUAUUUUGUUAUACCUUUGAUAAUCUCAACAGCGGUGUAAUACUAUGACUUAGGUUAAGUUACCAAAUAGACAAGUCUGCAUUUAGUAUCGCAUAGCACGUGUUAUUAGCUGUUUAAUGCAUAAUGCCACAUCGUGCCUGACCAGUUUUGUAUGAGCGUUCACGUGACGUACCUCUGCGUCCAUCGCUGUUUACUAGUUUGUAAAAAUCGUAAUUUCACGUUCUCAAUUCAAAUUUCAGAAUUGUCAUUUUUAUUUCAUCUUAAUAAAUUGGAUAAAUACUAUUUCAGUAGAGAAUCUCAUAAAUCAGAAACACUGCAGUCCCCUCACAUAUUUGCAGGACUAGGUGAAGCCUAUCGUCUUCAACUAGUAAAUCAAUUCGCGAUUUAUAGAUAGAAUAAUAUAAUUAUGUAACAUUUAUGGAACGCAGAUGCGAAUAGUAAUAUGAUUGUUCUUGACGAUUGUAUAAACGUCGUUGAAUUGUGUGUUAUCAUUUGUAAACUGUAAAGUAAAUGGUCAGAUGUAGGAUAUAAGGAAUUAGUGAGACAAGGGUAAGGGAUUGAUUACGAGAGCAGUCUGGGUUAGGGUCGUGAGCGCCAGCGAAUAUAACACGUAUACGUUUGUAAAUCGAUAAAAUAUUUAAAAUCUUGAAUGGUUUUGUACAAAAAAAUCCUAAUCCAGAUAUAGUUUUAAACGAUUAAAUUAUAUGGCGAACACGAAACUUAUUGAAGGUCGAAUUUUAUGGCAUGUAUACCCAGGUUGGCAUCUAGCGUAACGUUUUCUCACGCAACUAGUAAUUAUAAGUUGUAAUGUGCAAUAUAAAGUCAGUACUGAUUGUAAAUAAUACCAACUCUGUUGCAGAUUUUAGUGAAAUCAUUUUAAUUAAUAAUCAUGUACUAGUUUAAUGUUUUCUAUGCUGUUGAAGUGAUAUUACGUCGCUCUCCCAUCAACUUAUUUAUUUAAAAGCAUUCCCAUUUACACCUUAAUAGAACUGACUAUUAAUUCACUAGACGUGUUUUUCGAGUGCUAGUGAAAUUAUAUCUUUUAGAAAUAUCCUAUACUUAAUAUUUUUAUCCCAUUAUUUUCUUUCAUUAAAAUUUAUAAGUAACAUAAAGAAUUUUAUUUCA